UUUAAAGAGCGCGAGAGUCAUACACUAAAUUACUCGAGUACUGAGUACUGACUUAUCCUCACAUCAACCACUGCAUUGGCCUCAAAAUCUCAUCCACGCAACUGUAAUCCAUUUCCAACCCAAAAAUCCUACACUGGCCUCACUACUAUUCAUCCCCUGAAGGAGCUUCCUUUCCUCCUCUUCUUCUCUUUCUUUUCAUCAUCACAACCAUGGCCGCUGCAGUAACUGCUGCAGUCUCUUUUCCUUCCUCCAAGUCCACCUCUCUCUCCUCAAGAACCUCCAUCGUAGCUCCAGAGAGAAUCACCUUUAAGCAGGUUCCUUUUUAUUACAAAGAUGUUUCUGCUGGUGGGAGAGUGGUUUCCAUCAGCGCCCAGGUUACCACUGAGGCUCCUGCUAAGGUUAAGAAGGAAUCCAAGAAAAUGGAGGAAGAUGUUGUCGUUAACAAGUUCAAGCCUAAAAACCCUUAUAUUGGCAGAUGCCUUUUGAAUACUAAGAUCACUGGUGAUGAUGCUCCUGGAGAAACUUGGCACAUGGUCUUCAGCACUGAGGGAGAGGUUCCCUACAGAGAAGGGCAAUCUAUUGGGGUAAUUCCAGAUGGUAUCGACAAGAAUGGGAAGCCUCAUAAGCUGAGAUUGUAUUCAAUUGCCAGCAGUGCUCUUGGUGAUUUUGGAGACUCCAAAACUGUUUCUCUUUGUGUGAAGCGGCUUGUGUAUGUCAAUGAAAAAGGAGAAACUGUAAAAGGAGUCUGCUCAAAUUUCUUGUGUGACUUGAAACCUGGAUCAGAAGUGAAGAUUACAGGACCGGUUGGAAAAGAAAUGCUCAUGCCAAAAGAUCCCAAUGCCACAAUCAUCAUGCUUGCAACUGGCACUGGCAUUGCGCCUUUCCGAUCAUUCUUGUGGAAAAUGUUCUUUGAGAAACAUGAUGAUUACAAGUUCAAUGGCUUGGCAUGGCUCUUCUUGGGUGUUCCCACAAGUAGUUCAUUGCUCUACAAGGAGGAAUUUGAGAAAAUGAAGGAGAAGGUUCCGAACAACUUCAGGCUUGACUUUGCAGUAAGCAGAGAGCAGACAAAUGAGAAAGGAGAAAAGAUGUAUAUCCAAACUCGCAUGGCUCAAUAUGCAGAAGAGCUGUGGGAGUUGCUAAAGAAAGAUAACACCUAUGUCUAUAUGUGUGGAUUGAAAGGGAUGGAAAAGGGAAUUGACGACAUAAUGCUAUCACUUGCAGCUAGAGAUGGCAUUGAUUGGUUGGAGUACAAAAGAUCAUUGAAGAAAGCAGAGCAAUGGAACGUUGAGGUCUACUAAUGAGAGAGAGAGAGAGAGAGGGAGAGAUUACUUGUACAAGAAUCUUCUCUGUGCAUUGUGUAGAUAAGCAAUAUGACUGCAAUUUUUCACUAAAUUUUUUUGCCCUUUUUUUAUAAAUCAAAGCAUUGUAACGUUAUGGCUCUUACAGAAAGUUCUCAUUUCUAAGGGAAUCAAAGAUCAAGAAUAAUUAAUGGAAGCCGACUUCUUUUUCCA